AUGUCGAUCAGUAUGAUGGCGGACGAGCCAACAACGAAAGACGAUAUCAAAAAGCCCUGUCACAACUGCCAACAGUUUCAGACGGAUAUGAUUAAAUCGAUGCAAAUGAUGGCGCAGCGAAUGGAUCGGAUGCAGAAUCAACUUGAUGAACUGAGCAAAAAGCCCAUAUCCACAGCCACGUCAUCUGUGGUUUCAUCCGGAAAGGUUUCACCAUCUCCAGUGUCGCCAGAUCACCAGAUCGUCGUCGAGCAGGCCACCCCACCGAAGCAGAUCCCAGAAAUCGUUGAUUGCAAAGACAAACCAAUGAACAACGGAAUUCCGCCAGGAUCUGUUGCUGCUGUCGUCGUGGCUUCUGGCGCGUCUGGUGCUCGCAAAAGGAAGCCAAAGGAGCACACACCACCGACUGCCGCUUCUCCACUCCCAGACUUCACAAGCUUUGUCAAUUUGUUCGAUCCGAUCACAAUGGCCGCCAACCCGAAUGGAAUGAUGCACUUGCUUUCCUUGGUGCAACAACAAUCACAAGACGGACAACAUUCGGCACAACAGACACCACGAAGAUCGAUGACUCCUCCAGAGGCGAAGCAAGUGAAAAGCGAGCCGAAAUCAGUGGAAGAGGCUUCAACGAUAGAGAAUAUGAAAAUGGAAAUCGUGAAUGAAGAGUCCAGUGAUAUGAUCAACGCGCAUACGCAGAACCUUCUUGACGCUCUCACCGCUCAAUUCUCUACAAAUCUAGGAGGAAACAACGGUAUCGUGAAGCAGCAACGAGUGAAAUCCGAAUCACCAAUCGCCACGUCAUCAACCGCCUCCACCGUUGUUCAACAAGUCAUUGAAGCCGUCGCCACGCCAUCCAGAAGUCAAGAUUCUUCGAUUCUCGACGAAUCCACCUCCAGUGUUGUCGAUCCGAACGCCGCCCGUUGCUCCAACUGCCACACCGACAAGACGACAGCGUGGCGACGAGACUCAGAAGGGAAGCUCGUGUGCAAUCCGUGCGGACUCUACUAUCGAUUGCACAAGGUUCGCCGUCCGAUCGAAAUGCGAAAGAACCACAUCCAACAACGCUAUCGUCGGAAGAACAAGGAGAAGGAUGUUUCCGCUUCCCUAACCGAUCAAGCCCUCCUCAAUCAACUGUUUACCCAAAUGCCAACUAUGGCGACUGGUGGUUCGGGUGCUGGAGGAUCGCCGGCUCUCAGUUUUCUGGAACAAAUCACCCAGUUCACUCAGGCUCAUGAGCUGAUGAAUAGUAGUGCGGCUGGGUUCUAA